AUGUCAGAACGAUCGGGAAGUCGUAGGGCAUCGCAAAACUCUUCAGCUCGACAGCGUUCCGGAAGCAUCUCAAGUCGAUCGCGACAUUCUUCACGGCGUUCAGCUCGAAGACAACUCACAUUUGAAGAUAGUGAUAGUUCGAAUUCACCACCUAGUGGUGCUGAAGCGGCAAAUGAUGAAAUUGAUCCAAUCGCUGAACUGUUUGGUAAUGAGCUGAAUGUUGAGGAUGAUCAAGAAAAUGAUACAAAUAUUGGUGAUGGUGAAGAGUCGAGUGAAGAUUUAUUUGGCGAAGAUAUGGAACGUGAUUACCAGGCACAACCUGAACUGGAUAUUUAUUCAGAAUCAGGUAUGGAUGAUUCGCAAUAUUCAGUAUUAUCACCAAGUGCUCGUAGAGCUGCUGAGCGGCAAAUGGAUAGACGAGAUGGUAUUGAAAAUGAAGCCGAUCUUUUUUAUUCCAGGGAAGAUGAAGAAGAAGAUGAACGACAACCAAGACGUAGAAAAGAAGAAGAAGAAAAGGAAGAUGAAGAUGUAGAAGAUGAAGAAUUACCAAUAGAUAUCGUCGAAAAUCUACGUGGACGAACAACCAGAGAUCAUGUAUCAGAUGUGGCUGUAGCCAAAGAGAUUCAGCGUCGUUUCAAGAAUUUUCUUCGAAAUUUUCGUGAUCCCAAAACUGGUAAAUUGAAGUAUAUAGAAGCGAUUAAACAAAUGGCUGCUGAAAAUCGUGAAUCAGUUGUUCUUGAUUAUGAUGAUUUAGCAAGCGAAAAUGGCGAACAGCACAUUUGUUAUUUUUUGCCAGAUGCUCCGGUUCAGAUAUUUGGAUAUCUUUCGCGUGCCACCACUAAUAUUGUAUUGUCCAUGUUCCCACAUUACACACGAAUAACGCCAGAAGUGAAGAUUCGUCUUCGUGGGAUGCCGGUUGUAGAUGAUAUACGCAUGCUUCGUCAGAUUCACCUUAAUAUGCUUGUACGUGUUACAGGUGUUGUUACUGUUACUACAGGCAUGCUACCUCAACUUUCUUUGAUUAAAUUCGAUUGUUUGGCUUGUGGAGGACUUAUUGGCCCGUUUGUCCAGCUUCAAAAUGAAGAAUGCAAACCAACAACCUGUCCAUUUUGCAAUACUCGUGGACCCUUUGAGUUGAACAUGGAGCAAACUAUUUAUCAUAACUAUCAACGCAUAAUUAUUCAAGAAAGUCCAAACAAGGUUGCUGCGGGUCGACUCCCUAGAAGUAAAGAUGUUAUUCUUACUGGAGAUCUAUGUAAUUCUUGCAAACCUGGCGAUGAAAUUGAUGUGACUGGUAUAUAUGUGAAUAAUUAUGAUGGAUCAAUGAACAGCAAACACGGCUUUCCAGUAUUCAGCACGGUGAUUCACGCCAAUUAUGUGAUUAAGAAAGAUAAGAUUACAUCGGAUAGUUUAACCGAUGAAGAUAUAAAAAUUAUUAAAGAACUUUCUCGUGAUCCGAACAUAGCAGAGCGCAUUUUUGCUAGUAUUGCACCUUCCAUUUACGGACAUGAAGAUGUUAAGCGUGCUAUAGCUCUAGCUUUAUUCCGAGGAGUGGAAAAAAAUCCUGGUAAAAAACAUAAUAUUCGUGGCGAUAUAAAUGUAUUACUAUGUGGUGAUCCUGGAACAGCGAAGUCGCAGUUCCUUCGUUAUGCAGCUCAUACUGCUCCACGUGCAGUACUUACUACUGGUCAAGGAGCCUCAGCAGUUGGCUUAACGGCGUAUGUGCAGCGACACCCAGUUACACAUGAAUGGACUCUUGAAGCUGGAGCUAUGGUACUCGCAGACAAGGGCGUUUGUCUUAUUGAUGAGUUUGAUAAAAUGAAUGACCAAGAUCGCACAUCAAUUCACGAAGCUAUGGAACAACAAUCAAUUUCAAUUUCGAAAGCUGGUAUUGUAACAUCUUUACACGCACGUUGUACAGUUAUUGCCGCAGCGAACCCCAUAAGCGGUCGUUAUGAUAUAACUCGAACUUUUGCCGAAAAUGUGGACUUAACUGAGCCAAUUUUAAGCAGAUUUGAUGUACUUUGUGUAAUAAGAGAUGUGGUCGAUCCGAAUGAAGACGAGCGGUUAGCGAAUUUUGUUGUAGCAAGUCACCAUAUGCACCAUCCAUAUAAUUUCAUCCGAGAUUUGGAAACUGAAAAUCAAAUUCCAGACUCUGAAGAACUUCAGCAAUUGGAUGAUGAAAGUAAGGUUAAAAUUAUCCCUCAGCAGUUACUUCGAAAAUAUUUUAUGUAUGCUCGUAUGAAUAUAUGUCCAAAAUUGCAAAAAAUUCCUCAAGAUAAAAUUUCCAAACUUUUCGCUGAUAUGAGAAGAGAAUCGUUGGUAACAGGUUCGGUUGCAGUAACCGUUCGAAAUGUUGAAUCAAUAAUUCGAUUGUCCGAAGCACAUGCAAGGCUUCAUCUCCGCCAGAAUGUAAAUGAAGAUGAUGUCAAUGUAGCGAUUCAGAUCAUGCUGGAAUCAUUUAUCAGCACUCAGAAGGCAUCCAUCAUGCGGCAGAUGAGAAAAAAUUUCGCUCGUUAUUUAACUUUUAACCGAGACAACAACGAACUUUUGCUCUUUCUCUUGAAAGAAAUCGCUCGGGGACAGAUUUAUUUUGAAAAAGUUCGUCGCGGCAGUGCUUCAGGAUUUGGUACAAUAUCAAUACCUGAGUAUAAAUUCCUCGAUAAGGCUCAUCAGUAUCACAUUGAAAAUGUUAAAAUGUUUUAUAAAAGUGAAGUGUUUAAAGCAAAUAAUUUUACUUAUAAUGCAAGGAAUAAAACAAUCGUGUUAACAUUUUUCGCGGACAAUUCGCCUUAA